CUCAGGCUUGGAGCCUAACGCAAUCUUGCGACCAACAGCAGGCUUGGGGCCUUCCUUGGGCUUGGGAACUACUACAGGUCUGAGGCCUACAGCAGGCCUGGGACCCACGUCAGGCUUGCGGCCUAACCCCGCAGUCUUGGGGCCUACCUCAGGCCAAGGGCCUGCUGCAGGCCUGGGGCCUAACACAAUCAUGGGGCCUCCCUCAGGCUUGGAGCCCAGCUCGGACUUGCAACCAACCACAGGCGUGAGGCCUAACACAGGCUUUGUCACUACCACACACCCGGGGCCUCCUGCAGGCCCGGGGCCCGCAACAAACUCUCAGCCUGCCGCAGGCCCAGAUCCUACUAAUCUGGGGCCUAGCUCAAGCUUGGGGCCUACCUCAGGCUUGCAGCCUAGUACGGGGCUGGGGCCGACCACAGGCCUGGGUCCCAGUACAAGGCUCGGGCCUCCCUCGGGCUUGGGAACCACUGCACACAUGAGGCCGAACGCCAUUCUGCAGCCUGGGGCCCCGAGGGCAAGUCUGGGACCCUCGGCUUAUGCGGGCCUUCCCCCUCAGGCCUCCUGCUUCACUGGUAAUCCCACGGCCCCACCCGCCCGGCCUGCAGCUCAGGCUUACGGAACGGGGCCUGUUCAACCCUGGCGAUCUUCCCUCCAAAACCAGGGCCCGGAGGUGUCUAGGAGCGACCAGGAAGAUCUGAGCAUGGUCACUCACCAGCUGUCGAAAUCUCAGGUGAAAGAUCUCCUCCCUCCCGUUUUCUCCAUGACUCCCAAGGGAAGUGGGGCCGGCUACGGAGUUGGAUUCGACCUGGAGGAGCUUCUGAACCAGUCCUUUGACAUGUUGGGGGAGACCCAGGAGAGCCAGCAAGAGUCUCCCCCUCUCUCCGCCUCGCUGCUUGCCGACUGGCUGGAAGUUCAUUGCAUGAAUCCCUCAGACAUGGAGUCUUUACAGAGGGACCUGCAGCUGGGAUCCCCGAUGGUGCUGUCCGACACUCCCGACCUCUAACGCCCGCAGAGGAUCCACGCUCUCCACACAGAGAUGCUGCCCGUCUGCCCGACCCACCCGCUGAGUUACUCCAGCACUUUGUGUGUGUGUGUGUCUCUCUCUCUGCAGCAUCUGCAGUUCCUCCUUGCACAGACCUUGCAGCAGCGUAACAGGACUGUAAAUACUGUAGUCAAUGAAUAACGUUUUAAAUAGAACAAAUUUCAAUAGAAACUAGCGUUUGAUGCAUUCG